AUGCCGCCCUCUGCUGCUGCCGCAAAGAAGCAGAAGAAUAAGCAGACGCUGACAUUGGCGCAACUGGCAUCCUACGACGACUUCCUGACUGAUGCUCUAGUCGAUCAUGUUUUCUACUGGACUACGAUUCCCAAGAACAGAAACUCCUAUCAUCCUUCGCGAGGCGUGCGGGAGGAGGAUAUUACCCAAAUCAUCCGCGACGAGCUCGCUGUCAGCAAAGACCUCGAAUCUGCCGAGCGCAAGUUGCUAGCCACCGAUGGCUUCCGCAAGUUCUUCGCCGCCCUCAAGACGGAUAAAGCCAAGGAUGACUUCAAGCGUCACAUGCGCCGCUACGUCCAAAUUUACCUCCCCGAUUGCCCCUUUGAGGUGAACUCGACGAACCGCUACACAAUUGUGUCGCACGAAGCCGCCAUCACUGCCCGACGCUUUAUACGGCGAAACGAGACGAUCAAGUACUUGGCCGGAACGCAGGUCAACAUUUCACCCGAGGAGGAGCGAGAAAUGACAGCCCGCAAGAAGGACUUUAGCAUUAUCAUUUCCGCCAGAAACAAAUGCGCCAGCCUGUUCAUGGGCCCUGCUCGAUUUGCGAACCACGACUGCAGAGCCAAUGCGAAGCUCAUGACUACGUCUUCAGCCACGAUUGAGAUCAUUGCGACGAGGAACAUCGAUGUUGGCGAAGAGAUUACCGUUACGUAUGCCGAGAACUACUUCGGGGAGGACAACUGCGAAUGUCUGUGCAGAACAUGCGAAGACAGAUGUGCAAACGGUUGGGCGCCAGCAGAAGGAGAAGUUGUGGUCAAGAAGAGCAUCGAGGAGUCCGCUUUGGACGGCUACUCGUUGCGCCGGAGGAGAAGGGACGAUAGCACCGGCCCUUCGUCUCGAACCCCUUCCGUCACGCCAGACAUCCGGCCACGGGUGUCCAAAUCACGGCUCAGGAGCGGGAAACCUGGCCGAGACUCUCUAGCAGUCGACUCUCCAAUGUCAGAUGCUCUUUCACCAGAAAAGAAGCAAUCCUUCGAUUCACUCGUCACACCGCCCAUUACGCCAUCCAAAAGACGAAAGAUUUCGGCCACACAAGCAGCCACAGCCCGUCAGGAAGCUAUCGUCACGUCAACAGAGAGCUCGGCUUCCGAGUCUGUGCGCAGCAUGUCAUUGACCAGUAGCGGAAACGAGGAUGGGUCGGUGACGGACAUUACUGAGCCGGAGAAAGACUCCCCGGAACCGAACCAAAGUCAGAAGCAUUCGGAGCUUGUCAAGAAAGAGGAGUAUGAGGAGACCACGGAGCAAGCACUGGCUAAGGCGGCGCCGUUCUCGUCGCAAAGAAGGGGCCAGAGGGAAACGUCAGACACAAGUCGGGCUGCAUCUGUUGUUGUCUCCCGAUCAAUCCCCAUCUCGUCCUUGUGCAAUCCUCCAUCCCCGCCUUCUAAAACUCCGGGUUCAAACCCUCCAGCAUGGCUAUAUCCGGCGAGCAUCGCUCCAUACAAGAUACAGGAUCGUAUGAGUAUCGCAGCUGCCAUGUGCAGUAGCGUGAGCACGAAGCCAGUGACAAUGCCAUCGACAGGCGCAUCGAUAAGCUCUAGCACAAGCAGUUUGAAGCUGACACAAAACGUUGAUAAAUCCUCCUCAACAAAAGCGUCGCUCGGAAGCUCUCGUCGCGAGGUCGUGGUGCAAACGUCAAAGGUUGAGGCUCUGGCGUCAAUAGAGCAAGACGGGUUGGGCCACCGCAGCUCCGACACCGUGCUGACAUCAAAGGUCGAAGCUCCGGUAUCGACAGAAAAUCCUGCGCCGAUCACUGACAGUAUCAAAGUCUGUGCAAAGGUUGCUGAGACGGUGGAGGGCGGUGGUGACCAGCCACCUCUGAAGAAGCGCAAGUAUCAGCGGCGCACCUUUAUCAAGGAGACCACACCACCCGCAAAGACCCGAACGCCCGGCGAUUAUACUCUUACGCCACUGUUGCUAUCAGAGCCGCAGACGGCAUGGGUUCGCUGCAUGAAUUGCGAGACGGCAUUUGUGCAGCAGAAUGCGUACUACACCAAGAGUUCGUGCCCGCGCUGUGAACGCCACUCUAAGCUAUACGGUUACAUUUGGCCGAAGACUGAGAGGGCCGGGCCUCAAGAUAAGGAGCAGCGCAUAUUGGACCACCGCCUCAUCCACCGGUUCCUAGGGCGCGACGAAGAGGCGCGUAUCCGGGGACGAAAACGACCCGCAGCGAGCACAUCGGAGACACUCGAAGAUUACGCGGGGAGCAGACUUGGAAACAAGCGGCUAAGGAUCGCGGGUGCAGAGUCCGGGGAAGGCGAAGAUACGAGCGGGUUACGACGGAGUGGUCGAAUGCGCAAGGCCAGCAUCAAGGUGGCAGAGCCGUAG